UUUUUUUUCACACGACGUCCGGGAGUGGUCAAAAUAUCGUCUUUGCAGCUGAUAAGUGGAACUUGCCCUCUAUUUUAGCGUUCCCAUGCUGUAUACCGGAUAACAGCCAAGAAAGACACCAAACUCAUUACGAGGUGAGACGUUUGCUAUCUCUAUACACUUUUGUAGAAGUAUGUACAAGUGGAAAUCGAUAUCAGAAGCGGGUUUUGAUUGAUCUUUUAUCUUGGUCAAACAUACCGCUGUUUGCGCGCACGUCUGUUGAUUGACAGAUUCUCAGCCAAUAGUCGGCUGACGACAGCUUUCUAAUUUGUAUCUAUCCAAUCGAGAGCUGCUCCUUGAAAGAACGUGGCGGGUCUAGAAAAGUAGCAGGAAGAAAGUAUCAGAAGUCUCAAAUCAAUUUUUUGGGAUCUGUUUUGAUUUUGGGGCAGUAGUUAGGGCACUUAAAAGGGACAUACACGUUUAGCUGCAUAGUUUUUAAAAUAGCCAAAAGUUAUGGGGAAGUUAUGGUCUUAGUUCCUGAGAACAGUGUUUGUUAUGGUUUUAGUUCCUGUUUUGGAACCGACAAUAAGGCCUAUUACAUUGUGGGAAUGUUUCUCGAGUCUUGCUAUCAUACCAUGUUGCAAUACGUUAUUAUUAUUAUUAUAUUUUUUUUUUUUGGGAUUCCCAUUAGCUUUUGCAGAAGCAGCAGCUACACUAGACAUGAUGCCUACUUGAUGACACUUACAAGAGGUUCUCUCACACUUUCUUCUUCUGCUUUCUCCUUUUCUUGUUGUAUGCCUCAUUAUUAUAAUUUAAUUGCAUGAUCUACUGAUAUCAUUCCUUCAGAUUAUUUUAACUAGGAUCAUUGCUAUACGGUAUCCUUGGGAUGUCUCUACUCCAUUGAAAUUUAAAAUGGUUAAGGUUAGGAUUAGGUAAGGCAGGGGUGUCAAACUCAUUUUAGCUCAGGGGCCACAUGGAGGAAAAUCUAUUCCCAAGUGGGCCGGACCGGAAAAAUCAUGGUAUAUAACUUAAAAACAACAACUUCAGAUUGUUUUCUUUGUUUUAAUACGAUCAACAUACAACAUAAAGCUGGAGCCUGAGGACAGUGUGUCCAAAAUAGUACAAGCACAACAUCACUAUUAAUCAUAAAACACGUCAAGUUUAUUUGAAAAUUCUAAAGAAAAAGAACACAAACACACAAUGCCUCAGUGAUUAACAGAACUGUUUCACAGAUCACAGAACUAUAUCAGGGUGUCAUUUCUCAGGCAGAAAUGUAGAUAAAAAUAAUGAAAUCCUGUUCCCCAAACAAGUGCAAGAACCACAGAGUCAAGAAUAGGUUAAAUAUACAAAUAAAAUAAAAUAAAAUAAAAACAAUAGCACAUCAACAUAAAAACAUAUAAACAUAAAGCUGGAGCCUGAGGAGAGUGUCCAAAAGCACAACAUCACUAUUAAUCAUAAAACACCUCAAGUUAUUUGAAAGUUCUGAGGACAAAGAACACACAAACACACAAUGCCUCAGUGAUUAACAGAACUGUUUCACAGAUCACAGAACUAUAUCAGGGUGUCAUUUCUCAGGCAGAAAUGUAGAUAAAAAUAAUGAAAUCCUGUUCCCCAAACAAGUGCAAGAACCACAGAGUCAAGAAUAGGUUAAAUAUACAAAUAAAAUCAAUUAAAAACAAUAGCACAUCAACAUAAAAACAUAUAAACAUAAAUCUGAAAGCGUUGCUCAAACUCCCGUAACAGUCCCGUUAUUUUAUCUUUGAACCGCUUCAUGUCUGCCACAUGUUGGGUCGCGCACACAUUUUUCAGACAGGGGAAGUGAGCUGCAUCACCACCGGCAAUUUGCGUCUCCCACAAUGACAGCUUCAACUUGAAAGAACGUAUGCUGUCAUAAUACUGCGUGACAACUUUGUUGCGCCCUUGCAGCUGUUUGUUCAAGUUAUUCAAGUGCUCUGUAACAUCCACCAUAAAUGCAAGGUCCUGCAUCCAUUCUGCGGAAUGAAAUUCUAACACUGGUUUGCCCUUUUCUUCCAUGAACUGUUCAAUUUCUUCUCGUAAAUCAAAGAAACGCCUCAGCACAGCACCUCGGCUUAACCAUCUUACCUCAGUGUGGUAUGGCAGGCCAUAGAUGUGGUCUUUCUCUCUGAGAAGGCUGUCAAACUGACGGUGAUUCAGGCUUCUGGAUCGGAUGAAAUUAACAGUUUGGAUGACCACCUUCAUGACGUUAUCCAUCUUUAAUGACUUGCAACACAAAGCCUCCUGGUGCAAAAUACAGUGAAAAGUCAAAAAAUCACGUCCUCCAUUUGCAGAUUGCACUUUCUCUCUGAACUUUGUCACAACGCCUGCUUUUUUUUCCCGAUCAUUGAGGGCGCACCAUCUGUAGCCAGGCUGACAGCGCGGGACCAGUCCACUCCGACCCUGUCCAGCGCGCCGACGAGUGCGGUAAAAAUAUCAGCUGCUGUCGUUGUAUCUGUCAUCGGCACCAACUCCACGAACUCCUCGGUGACGGUCAAUGUGUCAUCAACUCCGCGGAUGAAAAUGGCCAGUUGUGCAACAUCUGUAAUGUCCGUGCUUUCAUCAAUUGCAACCGAAAACGCAAUAAAUGACUUUACUUUUUGCUUCAACAGGCUGUCCAAAUCCACUGAAAGAUCGGAAAUCCUGUCUGCAACUGUGUUUCUUGUCAGGCUGAUAUUUGCAAAAGCCUGCCGCUUUUCAGGGCACACAAUCUCUGCUGCCUUCAUCAUGCAUGUUUUUACAAAUUCACCCUCACUAAAUGGUUUUGAAGCCACUGCGAUUUCAUUAGCAAUGAGGUAGCUAGCUUUCACUGCAGCGUCACUGAUGUCUCGGCUGUGAGUAAACACAGACUGCUGUUUCUUCAGACCCGCCAACAGUUCAUUCACCUUCUCUCAUCUCCGCUGUCCUUGAAAGUUGUCAUAUUUGUCGGCAUGAAGACUCACAUAGUGGCGACGAAGGUUAUAUUCUUUCAGCACUGCAACAUGCUCUGAACACACCAAACAUACAGCUUUCCCAUUCAAUUCCGUGAAUAAAUAGGAUGACCAUUUUUCUUGGAACACUCUGCACUCUGCGUCCACUUUUCUCUUUUUUGACAGAGACAUAUUGGGGCAAUGAGGGUGCCAAAGCACAUAAUGUUAAAAGUAGAAGCCGUAAUAAAUAUCGCGGGCAAAACAAAGUAGCUCAUUGGCUGCACGUGCUUGACCUACUUGCUCUGCCCCGGUAUAAACGGUUUGCUUGCUUAACACAAUUGCUAUUGCGCCAUCCAAUGGACGCAAUUGGAACAGCAGUUUAUUUUAUUGACAAAUUGCAGCGCAUUUUUAUACUUUACAAUUUUUUUAUUUUUUUUAUUUUUUAAAUCAUCUCGCGGGCCGGAUUAAACCCGUUUGUGGGCCUGAUCCGGCCCGCGGGCUGGACGUUUGACACCCCUGAGGUAAGGGUUAUUGUUAAGGUUAGGGACCUCUCAAGGAUCCCGGAUAGCACUAUCCUUUUAACUAGGCUCAGGUUAGCCAAGUACCUCAACUCCUCCAUGGAGUUGAGCGCACACUAGAGUUUUUGAAAUGAACGUCUGACUCCUUCGAGUCGAUAUGCAGUCGAUACUUUAAAAAUGUAAAUUCUUAAACCCUUACCAUGUACCUACAGUGGGGAGAACAAGUAUUUGAUACACUGCCGAUUUUUCAGGUUUUCCUACUUACAAAGCAUGUAGAGGUCUGUAAUUUUUAUCAUAGGUACACUUCAACUGUGAGAGACGGAAUCUAAAACAAAAAUCCAGAAAAUGACAUUAUAUGAUUUUUAAGUAAUUAAUUUGCAUUUUGUUGCAUGACAUAAGUAUUUGAUACAUCAGAAAAGCAGAACUUAAUAUUUGGUACAUAAACCUUUGUUUGCAAUUACAGAGAUCAUACGUUUCCUGUAGGUCUUGACCAGGUUUGCACACACUGCAGCAGGGAUUUUGGCCCACUCCUCCAUACAGACCAUCUCCAGAUCCUUCAGGUUUCUGGGCUGUCGCUGGGCAAUACGGACUUUCAGCUCCCUCCAAAGAUUUUCUAUUGGGUUCAGGUCUGGAGACUGGCUAGGCCACUCCAGGACCUUGAGAUGCUUCUUACGGAGCCACUCCUUAGUUGCCCUGGCUGUGUGAUUCGGGUCGUUGUCAUGCUGGAAGACCCAGCCACGACCCAUCUUCAAUGCUUUUACUGAGGGAAAGAGGUUGUUGGCCAAGAUCUCGCGAUACAUGGCCCCAUCCAUCCUCCCCUCAAUACGGUGCAGUCGUCCUGUCCCCUUUGCAGAAAAGCAUCCCCAAAGAAUGAUGUUUCCACCUCCAUGCUUCACGGUUGGGAUGGUGUUCUUGGGGUUGUACUCAUCCUUCUUCUUCCUCCAAACACGGUGAGUUGAGUUUAGACCAAAAAGCUAUAUUUUUGUCUCAUCAGACCACAUGACCUUCUCCCAUUCCUCCUCUGGAUCAUCCAGAUGGUCAUUGGCAAACUUCAGACGGGCCUGGACAUGCGCUGGCUUGAGCAGGGGGACCUUGCGUGCGCUGCAGGAUUUUAAUCCAUGACGGCGUAGUGUGUUACUAAUGGUUUUCUUUGAGACUGUGGUCCCAGCUCUCUUCAGGUCAUUGACCAGGUCCUGCCGUGUAUUUCUGGGCUGAUCCCUCACCUUCCUCAUGAUCAUUGAUGCCCCACGAGGUGAGAUCUUGCAUGAAGCCCCAGACCGAGGGUGAUUGACCGUCAUCUUGAACUUCUUCCAUUUUCUAAUAAUUGCGCCAACAGUUGUUGCCUUCCCACCAAGCUGCUUGCCUAUUGUCCUGUAGCCCAUCCCAGCCUUGUGCAGGUCUACAAUGUUAUCCCUGAUGUCCUUACACAGCUCUCUGGUCUUGGCCAUUGUGGAGAGGUUGGAGUCUGUUUGAUUGAGUGUUUGGACAGGUGUCUUUUAUAGAGGUAACGAGUUCAAACAGGUGCAGUUAAUACAGGUAAUGAGUGGAGAACAGGAGGGCUUCUUAAAGAAAAACUAACAGGUCUGUGAGAGCCGGAAUUCUUACUGGUUGGUAGGUGAUCAAAUACUUAUGUCAUGCAAUAAAAUGCAAAUGAAUUACUUAAAAAUCAUACAAUGUGAUUUUCUGGAUUUUUGUUUUAGAUUCCAUCUCUCACAGUUGAAGUGUACCUAUGAUAACAAUUACAGACCUCUACAUGCUUUGUAAGUAGGAAAACCUGCAAAAUCGACAGUGUAUCAAAUACUUGUUCUCCCCACUGUAUGUUUGUCCUCUGUUGUUGUGUGCCUUUCUUUGUUUGCUGAAAUCCAUUGUUUUUUAAAUAAAAUGUGAAUCAAAUACAACCACCGCCUGUUUGCUCAUUGCUGUUUCUCUAAGAUGACAACUCAACAUGAAUGCCAAUUGGAUCUCAAUGAGGAAACAGUCGGUAGUUGUAUUUGUAUGGAUUUCAGCAAACAAAGAAAGGCACGCUUCAACAGAGGACAUAGGUACACGGUAUGGGUUUAAGAAUUUACAUUUUAUACGUAUCGACUGCAUAGCUAGUCGGAGGUUCAUAAAAAAAAAAAAAACUGUUGUCCGCACUCAACUCCGUGGAGGAUGUACUUGGCUAGGCACAGGUUUGCUUUGUUUCCCAACCUAUUGGCUGUGAAGGUGUGUACUGAAAGUGCAGUAGGCUAGGCCUACAACAUUCCUGUUUUAUCAUUGUAACCCACAUCAUUUUGUCCUUGAAGGCUGCCACAGCACUGCUGCCCUCAUGAAUUAAAUUAUAAGGGUCAGUUGAAUAGGAUAUUUCCACAGCCUAUGUUUCAGACAGCUGCCAUUUUGAGAUUGGCUGUUUUGUCAAUCAUUUAGGUCCAUGUGGAUCUGUUUUAACAUCAGACGUACAUACGUAUACAAAAACCUGCCUUCUUUCUCUGAACAAUUUUCUGUCAUGUUUGAGUGUGUUAGUUUUGUAGGCUAAUUUACAUGUUUGUGUCCAACUGUAGGAAGUUCUGGUGUUGGUGGAGGCGGUUUCCGUUAGUGUAGUAGCUGCGGACAGUGUCCAAAUCCAAAGAUGGCUACUGGAAAGAGUAAGAACCAGAGCUCUCUGGUGCUGCACAAGGUGAUCAUGGUGGGAAGUGGAGGUGUUGGGAAGUCAGCUCUCACUCUGCAGUUCAUGUAUGACGAGGUAAGAGCGAAAAGUUUGGUCCUUACCAGACUCCGUACAUUGCUCCCUUUGUAGCAUGUGGUCUGGACGCCCAGGCUAAAGAGAGACUUGGGCAAGCUGCCACUCAAACCUCCAUUACUGCUUUACCAAUGAAAAGAGUUUACGAUUCUGUAAAUAAAAUAAUUCCCUCCUUCACUCCCUCCCUCCUCCUAGUUUGUGGAGGAUUACGAGCCCACCAAGGCAGACAGCUACAGGAAGAAGGUGGUGCUGGAUGGAGAGGAGGUCCAGAUCGACAUCCUGGACACAGCUGGACAGGAGGACUAUGCUGCCAUCAGAGACAACUACUUCAGGAGUGGAGAGGGCUUCCUGCUAGUCUUCUCCAUCACCGAACACGAGUCGUUCACCGCCACCUCAGAGUUCAGGUACGUCCACUGAUAGGCCGAUUAUAGUACAUCAAACACAUGAUCAACUGACCAAUGACAGGCUAUGCCUUACCCAUGUACAGUAUAUGGCCAGGACCACAUGACCUGACCAGGAAAUAUUCUGGCUAUAUACGUAUAUAUGUAUAUAUAUGUAUUUAGUUAGAACAUUUAGUGCUUUAUAUAUGUUAUCAGUGAGUGAUCCACAUUUCACAAGAGAUGUGUGUAUUGUAUGUAGAAGGGCAAUUCCAUGGUAACGGAAUUAGGCUUUGACUAAGUUUUUUCACUUAAAAAUGUAUGCCAAACAAAAAACAUUAAAACGUUUAAGAAACGAUAGAACUCUAUGCAGAAGGACUAUUUUGAACAAUUUCCACUGAAACAUGUACAAAAACGAGUGGAAGAACUGUGCAGAUGCAAACUUUGGUAAUGGAAUUAUGGUAAAAUCUCCCUCAGGUUUUUAUGCGACCACGUUUUCCAAAAACAGUUGAAUAUCUGCUCAGAAUUAAGAUUCAAAGAUGUCUGCAGAAAGAAUGUGGGGUCAGCUAUGACAUGGUACCUUGCGUUUCAAUACAUCUCUUUUUGUUUAUUGAACUACAGUAAGUGAAGUGGAUUUACACCCGGUACCAUAAUUACGGUAAAGGAAUUACAUCAUGGGUCCUUGAUCUGUACUACACAGAAAUGCAUAAUUAUAGAUAUGAAUGUCAUUCUCCUCAUGUUUUACAAGUUUGGACAUCACAGUGCAGCACAGUAGAGUACAGUAGAGUAGAGUGCAGUAUAAUACAGUAGGGUAGAGUUCAGUGCAGUAGAGUACAUUACAGUAGAGUUCAGUAACAGUACAGUACAAUAUACUCUACUGCACUGUACUCUACUUUUCUUUACUGUAUUGUACUGUACUGCAGGGGUCGCGUUAACGCAGGAUUCUGCAUUUUUCACACAGAAAAGGAAAUCUAAAACGCAGGAAAAAUAUCUUGCUGCGUUUUGUAAAUGCAGAUCUGCUUUUUAUUGUAAAUUCUGCUUGGCUUCAGUCAGGGUUCUCUCCAAAUCAUGAAUGUAAAAUGACAAAUUCUGUGCUUCAGUUGCACUUCUCCACUCGGAUGAAUAUUGCUCUCGUCAUUGGAUCACCAGACAGCGCUCUGACUGAUGUGUAGGCUACUUUUCUACAGUACUUUCCUACGGGGUAGUUUUUCUAUGGUACCAAGUUAAAAUGCAAGAUUAACUUCAAGCAAAACAUUAGGAAAUGUAGCUGGCUACAUUCUUUCUAUGAUAAACAUUAGAAACGUUUAUGCAAAAAAGCUGAUUUACUGAUUUACUUGUGUGGCUGCUAGCCAAAUAGCGUUGCAAUUCUGUUGUCAUCUGUUGCAAUUCUGGCGAAUGUGUUGCAUUAAUGUAUUUUUUUGUGAAUAAAAAGAGUUGCAAGCCCCUUAUCACUCUAUUGAAGCAAACGAACAUUGACUUUCAAUAUGAAAUGCAGUUGAAAUGGUUUAAAACACAGAUUUUUUUUGAUGGUCUGUGUUUUGAAAAUGCUGAUUUCUGAAAGCUAAUGUGACCCCUGGUAUUGUACUACAACUGUACUCUUCUGUACUCUACUCACUGUACUGUACGCUCUACUCAUUGUACUUUACUCACUGUACUAUGCUAUCCAAACUUGUGAAACAUACAACUAUGAUAGGUUCAGAUUUGGUCCGGUCCGUCUGUGGACGUGAACAUACAGUGCCUUCAAAAAGUAUUAAUACCCCUUGACUUAUUCCACAUUUUGUUGUUACUGCCUGAAUUCAAAAUUGAUUAAAUAUAUUUUUUUCUCACCCAUCUACACACAAUACCCAUAAUGACAAAGUGAAAAUAUGUUUUUAUAAUUUGAAAUAUCAAAUUUAUUCACACCCCUGAGUCAAUACUUUGUAGAAGCACAUUUGGCAGUGAUUACAGCUGUGAGUCUUUCUGGGUUAGUCUAAGAGCUUUCCACAGCUGGAUUGUGCCCAAAAUUCUUCAAGUUCUGUCAAAUUGGUUGCUGAUCAUUGCUAGACAACCAUUUUCAGUUCAACCAUUUAAGUCAACUGUAACUCAGCCACUCAGGAACAUCCACUGUCUUCUUGAUGAGCAACUCCAGUGUAGCUUUGACCUUGUGUUUGAGGUUAUUGUCCUGCUGAAAGGUGAAUUAAUCUCCCAGUGUCUGGUGGAAAGCAGACUGAGACCGGUUUUCCUCUAGGAUUUUGCCUGUGCUUAGCUCCAUUCCGUUUAAAAAAAAUCCUGAACAACUCCCCAGUCCUUAACGUUACAAGCAAACCCAUAACAUGAUGCAGCCACCACUAUGCUUGAAAAUAUGGAGAGUGGUACUCAGUAAUGUGUUGUAUUGGAUUUUCCCCAAAUACAGUGCCUUGCAAAAGUAUUCAUUUAUCCUAUUUUGUUGCAUUACAACCUGUAAUUUAAAUUGAUUUUUAUUUGGAUUUCAUGUAAUGGAUAUACACAGAAUAGUAAAAAUUGGUGAAGUGGAAUGAAAAAAAUAACGUGUUUCAAAACAAAAAAGUCUGAAAUAUAAAUAACGGAAAAGUGGUGCGUGUAUAUGUAUUCACCCCCUUUGCUAUGAAGCCCCUAAAUAAGAUCUGGAGCAACCAAUUACCUUCAGAAGUCACAUAAUUAGUUAAAUAAAGUCCACUUGUGUGCAAUCUAAGUGUCACAUGAUCUGUCACAUGAUCUCAGUAUAUAUACACCUGUUUUGAAAGGCCCCAGAGUCUGCAACACCACUAAGCAAGGGGCAGCACCAUGAAGACCAAGGAGCUCUCCAAACAGGUCAGGGACAAAGUUGUGGAGAGGUACAGAUCAGGGUUGGGUUAUAAAAAAAUAUCAGACAUUUUGAACAUCCCACGGAGCACCAUUAAGUCCAUUAUUAAAAAAUGGAAAGAAUAUGGCACCACAACAAACCUGCCAAGAGAGGGCCGCCCACCAAAACUCACAGACCAGGCAAGGAGGACAUUAAUCAGAGAGGCAACAAAGACACCAAAGAUAACCCUGAAGGAGCUGCAAAGCUCCACAGCGGAGAUUGGAGUAUCUGUCCAUAGGACCACUUUAAGCCGUACACUCCACAGAGCUGGGCUUUACGGAAGAGUGGCCAGAAAAAAACCAUUGCUUAAAGAAAAAAAUAAGCAAACACGUUUGGUGUUCGCCAAAAGGCAUGUGGGAGACUCCCCAAACAUAUGGAAGAAGGUACUCUGGUCAGAUUAGACUAAAAUUGAGCUUUUUGGCCAUCAAGGAAAAUGCUAUGUCUGGUGCAAACCCAACACCUCUCAUCACCCUGAGAACACCAUCCCCACAGUGAAGCAUGGGGGGGUGAAUAGUUAUGCACGCUCAAGUUCUUGCUCUUGUUUCUUUCACAAGAAAAAAUAUUUUGCAUCUUCAAAGUGGUAGGCAAAUGUGUGUAAAUCAAAUGAUACAACCCCCCCCAAAAUCCAUUUUAAUUCCUGGUUGUAAGGCAACAAAAUAGGAAAAAUGCCAAGGGGGUUGAAUACUUUCACAAGCCACUAUAUUCAGGACAAAAAGUGAAUUGCUUUGCCACAUUUUUUUCAGUAUUACUUUAGUGCCUUGUUGCAAACAAGCAUUUGUAUUCUGUACAGGCUUCCUCCUUUUCACUCUGCCAAUUAGGUUAGUAUUGUGGAGUAACUACAAUGUUGUUGAUCCAUCCUCAGUUUUCUCCUAUCACAGCCAUUAACGUCACUAUUGGCCUCAUGGUGAAAUCCUUAAGCAGUUUCCUUCCUCUCUGGCAACUGAGUUAGGAAGGACGCCUGUAUCUUUAGUGACUGGGUGUAUUGAUACACCAUCCAAAGUAUAAUUAAUAACUUCACCAUGCUCAAAGGGGUAGUCAAUGUCUGCUCCCCCCCACACUUUAUUUAUGCUCGCCAUAACAAAGGGGUUGAAUACUUAUAAAUAAAAUAAAUAAAAUAAAUAAUUAGUCAUUUAGCAGACGCUCUUAUCCAGAGCGACUUACAGGAGCAAUUAGGGUUAAGUGCCUUGCUCAAGGGCACAUCGACAGAUUUUUCACCUAGUCGUCUCGGGGAUUAGAACCAGAGACCUUUCGGUUACUGGCACAACGCUCUUAACCACUAAGCUACCUGCCGCCACUACUUCUUGACUCAAGACAUUUCAGCUUUUCAUUUUGAAUUAAUUAGUUAAAAUUUUGAAAAAUAUAAUUCCACUUUCACAUUUAUGGGGUAUUGUGUGUAGGCCAGUGACAUUAAAUCUCAAUUUAAUAAAUGUUCAAUUCAGGCUGUAAAUCAAGGGGUGUGAAUACUUUCUGAAGUCACUGUAAAGGCCAGUGUGGAUUAACUAAAUUUAAACUACUUUCAACGUCCAUGGACAUCCUGUGUCAGUCGGUUCUCAGUGGGUGAGGAUGCUGAUUAGAUUAAAUGGAGAGGUGGUUCAAGGGUAGGUGUCAGUAAGAGCUGGGAGAGGUUACUUUAACUGGAGAGUGAGAGAGAGGCAGGGAGGGAUUGUCCAGAAUGACUGUUUUAGACUCUUGGUUUGACCACCAGACAACAUAGGAAACAGUUAUGAGCUGAACAUUCUGUAACAGUAUGCCAGUGGAGUGGAGGAUAGUAGCAGGUUACCCAACUGUGGUUGGUGACUAUUAUGAUUUCCCAUUGUAGCCAAUUCAGUUGCAGUAGUUCAGUUACUGAUAAUGUUUUUUGUGGUAAUUCUGUUAACAAUUUGAGUUUUAAUCACUUAAUAAUUCAAACAAAAUGUAUAUCAGUAAAAUCACUAACUAAUUGGUUACUUGUUACUUCUGUGAACGUUCAUUCUCCUCCCUCCUUAUGAGGGAGGGAAAUUAGAAAAUACCUUAAAGAUAUGCGUUUUUGGUAACGUAUUCACAAGGCAAUAAAUGUAUUGAUAUUAAUUGGCAGGGGUCUUUACGUCAACAUUGUGUUUUGAUGUAUUUCUGAAACUUUUUAAAAUACUUUUUCCAUCUGUUUAUCCAGAAAUCAAAGCCUUUACCUAUGCCAUAAAAAAAGGAAAAUUGUUUAAAAAAUAUGUAUAUAUGCCUUCAUUUCCAAAAAAUAUAGACCUUAGCUUUCAUUUGACACCUCAUUUGAUGUGCUCCUAUGAACUUGAUGUUGGUGCUCAUGGGUCCUUUUUCAAUGGAAAUGCCCAGAACAAAAAAUACAUCUGCACACCCCAGUGCUAAGUUUAUUAGGACAGUGUUUAGAUCCAACUGGGUCUUCAUCAGGACUAAUGUAUUGUCUUCCCAGGGAGCAGAUUAUGCGGGUGAAAGCAGAAAACGAUACCAUCCCUCUGUUGGUGGUGGGGAACAAAUCGGAUCUGGAGGACCGCAGGCAGGUGUCGCUGGACGAGGUCAGGGCCAAGGCAGAGGAGUGGGGGGUGCAGUACGUGGAGACCUCAGCCAAGACACGAGCCAACGUUGACAAGGUAUGUAACCAAACCUAAACAUACUGUGCAUUUUGCUACAGUAGGACUAGGAACAAUACACCUUCAUGUAAUUUCUUACUUAGGAUUUCUACAUUUAGAUGGGGGAUUAGGUUAUAGAAAUAUGUUUUAAGACAUGAGAUAUCAGAAGCAACAAGCAAGCAUGAUUUAAAAACAACCUUUACAGUAAAUCAACAUCCAUUGUCAAUGUAAAUAUAGGGUUGAAAUAAUAACCGUCCUUUCUUUUCAGGUAUUCUUUGAUCUCAUGAGGGAGGUGCGAAAAAAGAAAAUGUCAGAGAGCAAGGAUAAGGGUGGAAAAGAAGGCAAGAUCAAGAAGGCUUUCAAAUGCUGUCUGCUUUGAACUAGACCAGACCUUUCAGUCAGACACACGAGCCAAACCAGACAAGAGCCUCCACAGCACAGUGGAAUUAGACCGGGACAUGUUCAUUAGGACAUACUGUAGCAAAAUAUUUCGAAACCUUUUGCAACGGAAAACAAAAAUGAGCGUUUCUUAUUGGACAAUAUAUUAUUUCUUCCUUUGGAGCAUUUUCUUCAGUUUCUUGCCUACUGAACACAACCUAGAUCUACAGCUCCUUCCCACUGAACUGAGACUUUAGCCUUUAACACGCAUAUCUUAUCCAUAUACAGUAACUCUCACAUUGUGGCAGUCAGAGGGGUGACCUUAUCACUAACCGAUCUUAGUUAUGCAAACCAUCCUUUAUGCCACUGUUGGGGACAGGUCCAGAGGGUACUCUUUAGAUGAAGUGCCUGAACAUUGAUCAUGAAUAUAUAGAUUAUGAUCGCAGACAAUCACUCACUCGCACACUACUUAAAUAUGGCCUUGGUUUGUUACUUGUAGGAAUAAGUAUCCUAUGCUGUUUGAUGUCUUACUGUUUGCACUGCAAUCAAUUUUAUAUUCCUACUUCCACUACACUAUUUUUACUUUUUUAUUUAUGGUGCACUGCAUGAAAAUCUGUCAUAAUUAAGUCACUUUAUUCAUAAUCCAACAUUAUCCACAUGUACAAUCCAACAUGUACUAUAUCCAUAUCAUGUUUUUUUUUUUUUUUACAAAUUUGGCUGACAGCACUUUUUCUCCGCAAAAAUGUCAACGUUUCAGUGUUGUCUUUCUAAUUCUAAACUUGAAACUGAAGCAUUAAACUAAAUUACUGUUUGUAUG